AUAAGAUCCGAAGCAGUCUUGAAGCGUUCUCUAAAAAGUUUUCCUUUUGCCGGAAGACAUCACAGACGGUAUCUGCGAUCCCCGAGGAGACGUUUGCAGCCGAUUCUACCGAAGAGCUUUCUUCGAAUUCAAUCUAAUAAAACAUGAGUCGAAUCAGCCUGAUAAUCUUCACCAUUAUGGUCGUCGUCGCGGUCUGCAGUAGCGCCCCCUCUCGACAAAAGCGAGGUUUCCGCAAUGCCGCCCUUUCCACGGCAAGGGGGUUCGGAAAAAGGAUGCAACCAGAAGUGUUUGACGAUCUCAGCAUGCACAGUGACUUCAACAGACCCAUUGCAUCUAGUUGGUUAGCCGAUCAAGUUGCAAGGAGCCCUGCUUUGGCAAAACUUUUAGUGGAAAAAGUUAUAGACCAAAAUGGUGACGGCAUGAUAAAUCCAGACGAAAUGUUUCAAGCAGUUUAAAGUGCAGUGACGCUCAAUUGGAGCUGAAGUGAGACGAAGGUAUCCAUAUCCCUAUGAGUGCGUUCCUUUACCUUUCUAAAGAAUCAUUUCAUAUCACACGAAGGGGCGAAGAGAAAUGCAAUGUUCAUGCUUAUUGAUUUAGUGCAAUAAAGGAACUUCAAAAUUUAAUUUUAGUUUCUGCAUUUGUUUAGUCUGUACCAUAUGAUCAAGAUAUCUGGAGAAUCAAUCUGUGUAAAUAAAAAGGAAAAACUAUUGUUCUUUAAAUUAUUAGUAAAAUAAAG